AUGGGCAAAUCACCUGGAUAUGUAAGGGAUUUGGGUGGGACGGUUGUGUCAGAAACAUUAAGAACAACGAGAAGUGGUGAAAGUGCAGGUUGUUGGGUACUUAGCACUGCAGAGUUCGUGUUCAUGGGUGGAUCUGGUAGAGGCCAUCAUCUCAGUGGAAAUCAUUCGAAACACUGGGACAUACUAUCAACUUGUCCAAACAUCCCAAAUUACAUGCCUGCUUACUAUGGACCAGUGCCUGCGUGGUCACCGGCUUUUUUGCCAUAUCCAGUUGGUAACCAAUAUCCAAUCAACAUACAGCAUGACAUGGAACCUUUGAGUCCUCUCAUCAAUAGAAGCUCCGCUACAAGCAGACUAGUUGGUUCAGAUGAUAAUAGACUUGAUGGGGUAAAAACUGAUUCGCUAUGUACAUCUAGAGUUGAAGAAAGCAAUGAGGAUAGAUCAAAUCCACGGGAAACCGAUGAUGGCAAUGCCGGUUCAUCUCAGAAUGUGGAUUGUGAUGAUAUGAUUGAGGAGCCAAAGUCAGUGAUGGAGUUUAAUUCCCUGGAAGAUUUAAUCAAUUAUUAUAAGCAAUAUGGUAAGAAAUGCGGGUUUGAGGUGAUGACAAAAAAGGCUGAGAAGGGAGAUGAUGAAACUGUUAGAUAUGUCACCCUUGUUUGUGCCCGCGGUGGGAAGGCCCAGAAUAGAAUUUUGAAUGUCGCCAAUCCACAUCCGACAGGAAAGACUGAAUGUAAGGCAAAGAUCAAUACGUUAAAAUCUGAGGGAAAGUUCCAGUUGACUACAGUUCAUAACAUACAUAACCACUGCCUUAGUCCAAAGAAAUCUCGUUUCUUUCGAUGUAAUAGAAAAGUGAGCGAUGCUCUAAAAAGGGUCUUAGAUACAAAUGAUAUGGCUGGCAUCAGAAUGAAUAAGAGCUUUGGAUCUCUUGUUGUUGGCGCGGGUGGAUUUGGGAACCUCCCGUUUUUAGAAAAAGAUUGUCGUAAUUACAUCGACAAGGCAAGACAUCUAAGAUUUGGCGCAAGUGGUGCUGGAGCGCUUCAACAGUAUUUUUUACAGAUGCAGUAUAAAAAUCCUGGAUUUUUUGCAUUGAUGGAUUUAGAUGAUGAGGGGAGGUUAAAAAAUGUCUUCUGGUGCAUGGAUGGUAUAGCUCCAAAAGCUAUUAGAACUGAUCAGGACAGAGCCAUGAAAAAUGCCAUCGCUAUUGUUUUUCCUAAUAGGCGACAUCGAUUUUGUUUAUGGCAUAUAUUGCAGAAAGUUCCUGAGAAGCUUGGCUCCUAUGGAUCAUACAAGAGUGGGAUGAAAAAUGACCUGAUGAAAUGUGUGUAUGACACUCAAAGCGUUGAAGAGUUUGAGGAAUGUUGGGAACAUUUAAUUAUCACUUACAACUUGCAUGAGAAUGUGUGGUUGCAAAGUUUAUAUGCUGAGUGUGAGCAUUGGACAAACUCGAAGGAGUUUGUCGACCAAUUUGAGAACGCAUUGAAAAAAAAAUUUGAGAACGAAAAUACUGCGGACUUCCACACAUUUAAUGUCACAAUUCCCUGCAUAUCUAGAUCUCCGAUUGAGAAGAGGUUUCAAGAUUUGUAUACAAAUACUAAAUUCAAGGAAGUUCAGCAACAAGUUACCGGCAUCAUCGACAUGGAUCCAAAAUUACUUAAGACGGAUGGUUCAAUAAAGACUUACUUAGUAGAGGAUGAGGUUCGUCUGGAAGAAUUCACUAAGCUGGUUACGCAUUAUGUGGACUUUAGUGAGGAAGAUACAUUUGCAAAGUGUUCUUGUGGUUUAUUUGAGAUGGGAGGCAUAUUGUGUCGACACGUUUUGGCUGUAUUCAAAUGUAACGAGAUUAAAUCUUUGCCAGAUAGAUACAUUUUGGAUUGA